CCACUCGCCACUGGUCUUUCAUUUGCCGAACCCACUUCGAGGAAUUUGUAUCUGAUCCAUCCAUUGCAGUGAGCGAUGGAACGAGAGAGAUGAAAACGAAACCCAUUCCUGAUUCUACCUUCAACAACAACAGCGGUUAAUUCUUUCGGAUUACUCCACAACAGUGUUCCCUUUCCUCAAUCUUUGAUGAACUGUUCGUAUUUCAUGAUCUAUAUCUGAAUUACGUCUCUGCUUCAACUCUGGCGGAGAUUCAGCGAAAAUCAAUUUGAUACGAACAGGAAAAUUGCGGACGGUUGAGGGGGCUGAUUUUCGAAGAGGAAGAUUAUACAUUAUCGAUAUAUAGUUGACAGACGGUAGUGUGACGGAGAUGAAGGGCGGCGGUGGCGGAGGGAGUGGAGCUUCUGCUUAUGGAUUUCCGGCGAAGAGGCGAUGGAAAGGACUCGUGAUCGGAGUUCUUGGCCUCGUUUUCCUCUCAAUGCUUGUGCCUCUCGUGUUUUUGCUCGGUCUCUACAAUGGCUUUCACACUACGGCAGGAUAUGCAUCUGACUCGCAAAGUUCAAAACCUGGGUUUCAACCUAGUCAUGUAGAUGACAUAAUCAGAAAAUUGGGACCAACGCUUCCAAAGGACGUAUUUCAGCCCAAUGUCAUUGAACCUAAGAAGGAAGUUGAAGGUUUCAUAGAUGAGAGUCGGGAAACAAAAGAAUCUACAGGUUUACAACCUCCAAAAGUUGAAGAGAAGCCUCCAAAAGUUGAAGAGAAACCUCGAAAAGUUGAAGAGAAACGUCCAAAAGUUGAAGAGAAACCUCCAAAAGUUGACGCUCUUCCAAAGCAUACCCAUGAAAAUGGUACCAAAGUUGAUGGCAAAGUUCAGGCUACCCAUCGCAUGAUUGCCCUGGACGAAAGUGGAAAACCAUGUGAAUGGAAGUUUGGGAGCUAUUGUAUUUGGCGAGAGGAAAAUAGAGAAGUUAUUAAAGAUUCUAUGAUAAAGAAAUUGAAGGAUCAGCUUUUUGUUGCUCGAGCGUACUAUCCUAGCAUUGCAAAACUUCCAAAACAAGGCAAGUUAACUCAAGAACUGAAGCAAAAUAUUCAAGAGCUGGAACGUGUCUUGAGUGAAUCAACCACAGAUCGUGAUCUUCCACUACAGAUAGAGAAAAAGUCGCUGAAUAUGGAAGCUGCAAUAGUCAAAGCUAAAUCAUUCCCUUUGGACUGUAAUAAUGUGGACAAAAAGUUGCGACAAAUAUAUGAUAUGACUGAGGAUGAAGCCAGUUUUCACAUGAAACAGAGUGCCUUUCUCUUCCAACUAGCUGUUCAGACCAUGCCAAAGAGCCUGCAUUGCUUGUCUAUGCAGCUAACUGUCGAAUAUUUUAGGACUGAUUCAACCAAUUUGGAGCUCUCUCAGGCCGAGAAAUAUGCAGAUCCCACAUUGUACCAUUAUAUAAUAUUCUCGAAGAAUAUACUUGCAUCAUCAGUGGUUAUCAACUCAACAGUUUCACAUGCAAAAGAAAGUGGAAAUCAGGUUUUUCAUGUAUUGACUGAUGGACAGAAUUACUUUGCCAUGAAACUCUGGUUUUUGAGGAAUAGUUAUAAGGACGCAACUGUUGAAGUAUUGAACGUUGAUCAUCUUAAGCUUCAUGAUGAAGAAAAUGCAACUUUUGUAUUGCCUCAAGAGUUCCGUAUUUCAUUUCGCACUUUAACUCACUCUAGGACAGAAUACAUGUCAAUGUUUUCCCAUCUGCACUAUCUUCUCCCUGAAAUAUUCAAGAACCUGGAUAAAGUUGUGGUUCUGGAGGAUGAUGUUGUUGUCCAGCGAGACCUAUCAGCCUUGUGGAGCCUUGACAUGGGAGGAAAAGUUAAUGGUGCUGCUCAGUCCUGUCAUGUGAGGUUGGGUGAGCUGAAAAGUUUUCUUGGUGAGCAUAGUUACAACCAAGAUGAUUGCACUUGGAUGUCCGGACUGAACGUAAUUGAUCUGGCGAAGUGGAGAGAGCUUGAUCUUUCUCAAAUUUUCCGUGGUUUGGUCAGUGAGAAGCUGAGCAAGCAGGACAAAUCAACGGAUGCUGCUGCAUUGCGUGCAAGCUUGCUUACCUUUCAGGGCCAGGUCUACGCUCUUGAUAAUUCAUGGUCUGUUUAUGGAUUAGGUCAUGACUACAAGGUUAAUGUCCAAGACAUUGAAAAAGCUGCUACAUUACAUUAUAAUGGUUAUUUGAAACCUUGGCUGGAGUUGGGCAUCCCAAAAUACAAAGCUCACUGGAAGAAAUUUCUAGACAGAGAAGACCUGUUCUUGAGUAAGUGUAACAUAAAUCCAUAAUAAGUUGAUGAUUCUACCACACCGUCUACUACAUAGGUUCCAUGAAAUCUGGAGCUCAACUCCAUCAAGUAUAAUUUUCCUUGGCAAAUGGGAUUGCUCUCAACUGAUAAGCUCCCAACACAGAACUCAUUUUUAGCUUCAUCCAUAUCAAGUUUGCUUGUGUUUGCUUGUGGUGGCUUCUGAUAUCAUGAGUUUUUAUUGGGAGUUGAAGAAGAAGAGAAAGGGAUAUAGAUUUUUCUGUUUGUCUGUCUGGUAGUUGAUUUGUUGAAUGAGAAUCUGAGUUGGAAAGUGUGGCAAAUAAGGCAAAGAAGAUGCACAAAGGGUACCAAUUAUGUUCACCCAGCAGCAGGAUUGGCUUGGAUUUAACUGUUCAAGUCAAUGAGAACAAGAUUAUUUGUCUGUUGAUGUCACUCAUAUUAAGAUAUAAAUACAUAUAGUUAGAUUAGGUUCUGAUGAUUCUAGUGAAACUAUAAUUUUUUUGACAAUUCGUAUUCAAUUUCAUAAUAGAGUUAUCUUGAGGCACUUUGCCUGUGAGUA